AUGGCGUUUCUCUUAUUGAAAGGCAUUCCGAGUCUUGCUGGUCAAAAUCAGGCGCCUCAAGCUGAUCCAGAUGAUUUUGUUGAUCGUCUAAACUAUCGUUAUACAGUUAUAUUACUCAAUGUUUUUUCAGCUAUUGUUACAAAUAGACAAUUCAGUUCGAAACAAAUUCAAUGUUGGGUACCAGCAAUGUUUACAUCAGGUUAUGAAGAUUAUACCAAUCAUAUAUGUUAUAUUACUAAUACUUAUUAUGUAAAUCAAACACAAAAAAUUCCCUCGACACGUACUGAACGACAAAGUUUACAAUUACUUUAUUACCAAUGGAUCCCAUUUAUUCUUUGUUUUCUAAGCAUUCUUUUUUACAUUCCAAAUCUUGUUUGGCAAUCAUUAAUGACGCGUAGUGGUUUGGAUUUAAAAGAUAUAAUUGAAGCUGGUAAAAGUUAUAAAUCAAUUGAUCGAAUGGAUAAAAGACGUAAAAUAAUGGAUUAUAUAAUUGCAUCUAUCGAUGAAUUUAUUGAUGAUCCAAGACGUGGACGAGAAAAUCGAAAUUUAAGUUUACUUCGACGUAUACAAGCUGUUUUUUGUUGUAUGUAUGGAAAAUUUCAAGGAAAUUAUUUUAUGAUGGUUUAUUUAUUAACAAAAGUUCUUUAUGUUGUUAAUUCCAUUGGACAAUUAGCAUUAUUUAAUGAAAUGCUUGGAAUUAAAUAUUAUCGUUAUGGAUUAGAAUUAUUACAAAAAUUAAUGUUACUUAUACAAAAUCAACCAUUACAACAAUCCUAUCGACACCAAGGUGGUCUUUCAAAAUAUUUUCCUAAAGUAACUCUAUGCGAUUUUGAAGUACGUGAACCAAAUCAUCUUUAUAAUUCUCACCGAUAUACAGUUGAAUGUGUAUUACCAAAUAAUUUAUUAUUUGAACAAUUAUUUACAUUUUUAUUUUUUUGGUAUACAAUGAUAGUUAUAUUAAAUUUAAUAUCAUUAUUUACAUGGUCAUAUUCAUUUAUACGUCCUGUACGAAUAAAAUAUGUUACAACAAGAUUAAAAUUAAUAUUAAUAAGAAAUUUACGAAAAGGUUUAAUAACAAAUGAAAAUAAUACUCAACAAUCUCAACAAUUAAUAAGUGAUGAUUCACUUUUACAUCGUGAUGAUUCACAUGCGGAUUUUGCACGAAAUUAUUUAAAAUGUGAUGGAAUAUUUGUUUUACGUUUAUUAGAAACUAAUACAUCAGAUUUUGUUGUAACACAUGUUAUUGAAGAAUUAUUUUAUUCAUAUGAAAAAAAAGCAUCACAACCAGUUGUUCUUGAAGGUCUAGCAAAAAUGAUGUCAACACUUGGUCCUGAUCAAGGUUUAUUAAGUUUAGGAAAAUUACUUUUUUUACCUGUUAUGUCUGAUCCUAAAAUUGCUGCAACAUUCGGUGGUGGAUUUACUAUAACUGAUAAUAACAAUAAAAUGCUACUACCAAGUUUAACUACAACAACAGAUGAUCCUCUUCGUGAUGCACCUAAAUUACUUGUACCACCAACUCCUUCACGUCGACGUUCAUCAAUCGUUACAACAAUAUCACAACGAUCACCUACAGGUUCAAUUAUUGAACAAAUUGAUGCAGUUAGACGAUCUUCAACUCUAUCAACAUCUCCUCAAGCAAAACCUAGUGUUGAUCAAAUAACUGAAUUAUUACGAGAACGUCGACAAAGAAUUAAACGAAAGAAAUAA